UUUUCUAGGUUAGGAAAAUAAAUCGGGAACCUCGAUUUGGGAAUUUAUACAAAUUUACAUGAUAAACUUAUUUUUCAGGCGUAACAUGUCGCAAAACAUAGUCUCUAAAAUAUUAAAUAAUGCUGAAACAGCAGAAAAGCGCCUUGCCGAGCUAAAGUCAAAGCUUGAAGAAAUAAGGAAGAUCAAAGUUGAAGAAAGAAUUAGGGAACUAACUCAAGAAAAUGGUAUUCUAUCCGCAAAGGUAGAAAAAACCAAACUUGAACUUAUUAGACUUGAGACAUUGAAUGGUAAAAAACAAAUUCCAUUGCCAAAUCGAGCAACUUCGACAGUAAAAGUUGAUAACUUACCAGUGCAACCAGAAAGUGAGCCAGCACCAAAAAAAGAGAAAAAAGAAAAGGAUACUUCUAAAAAAGCUAAACCAAGUGCACCCCCAGCUGCUGAUAGUCCAGUUACUAUUAGCAAGCUAGACUUUCGAAUUGGCAAAAUCAUUGAAAUCAACAAGCACCCUGAUGCAGAUUCAUUGUAUGUUGAACAAAUUGACUGUGGGGAAGAUAAGCCUCGAACUGUUGUGUCGGGACUUGUAAACCAUGUUCCCAUUAAUGAAAUGCAAGACAGGAUUGUUAUGGUAUUAUGCAAUUUAAAACCAGUCAAGAUGAGAGGUGUAACUUCAGAAGCAAUGGUAAUGUGCGCUUCAUCGCCUGAGAAGGUGGAAGUACUUAUCCCACCCAGUGGAGCUGUGCCCGGGGAUCUGGUCUCAUGUGAGGGCUAUCCAAGAGAGCCUGAAGCUCAGUUGAACCCCAAGAAGAAAAUCUUUGAAACCUGUGCCCCAGACCUUAAAACGAAUGCAGAUAAAGUUGCCUGUUAUAAAGGAACACCCCUUGUAGUUCCUGGAAAAGGGCCAGUUACUGCUGCCACUCUGAAAGAUGUACAUGUUAAAUAGUUGUUUAUUUAUUGUGUGUGCUUAUAUUUAAGUUUACUGUUCAAAUAAAACAUGAACAAGCAUA